AAAUUUCUUCCUCGUCGAGCCAUCUCUCUGUUCGGUUUCCAAUAUACGCCAUGUGAUUUGUGCCUCUAGCAUUUGAAUUUCCAACGAUCAUUUAGUUAUCUAUAUAUCACAUCAUCAAGAACUUGAGAAGUAAUACCGGCCAAUUACCUUUACCGUGUAUGGCUGCUGCGACUCAGAAAGAUCAUAUAGAGGAGAUGCGGAGAUGCACGUUUUCCAUCAGAGGAUUAGCAUACCCUCCAACGGAGGAUAAUAAUCUCCACGCCCAACAUAACCUUUCUGCUGAUGAUGAACUCUACUUCGAAGAGGACGACCAUCUCCACUUUCUAAUGGAACUCAUUCAGCAGCCAACCUAUGCAAUUUUGGAUGCGAUUUUCAUUAUGGAUCAUUCGGAAACAGUUUCUCUGUGCUUUAGUACAGGAGUAAGACUGCAUAUAUCUGACCCUCCUUACCUCACUGUAGGUGGGAACCUUUGCGGUACUGAGAUUGCUGAGGAAAAUGAGUACGAGAUGGGUGUGGAGCCCAGCUUGGAGUUCGUAUUUACAUCAGAGGACAUAACACAGACAGCUGCAAAGGCGACUCUGUUAAUAUUCAACAACGAGAAGGCCUUCACCCGUCAGAACAUCGAGUCUAGUUGCAGCGUGGGCUUCACUGGCCAGUAUGACCACAUCGGCAAGAAAGGCAUUGGGUUCAAGAGCGUGUUUGCGGUCACAUCCCAUCCAUUCAUUUUCAGCAAUGGAUAUCAAAUUCGGUUCACGGAGGAACCGGGGGCGCAGUGCGAAGGCAGGUACAUUGUUCCGGAAUGGGUGGGUAAUGACCACCCCGUUUUUGCACGCAUAAAACGUACAUAUGGUUCAUCAGCUUCACUCCCCACCACAACUUUGGUGUUGCCUCUAUAUUCUCACAAGGUCAAUUCAGUGAAGCGGCAACUAUCAAAUAUUAAUCCAGAAUUUCUCUUGUUUCUUUCCAACAUAAGGAAGCUUUCAGUUAGAGAAGACAAUGCUGAGCAGGAGCUCAAUACUGUGACCACCAUAUCCAUUUCAAGUGAGAAGACUCUUGUCACCAAGAAAAGUAUUAAUGCAGAGUCCUAUGUACUUAUCCUCUCCUCUGAUGAAGAUAAAGGGUAUAAAGAAUGCAGUUAUCACAUGUGGACCCAAAGAUUCCCAGUCAAGAAGGAAUGCGGGGAUGUUCAGAGGAUGGGCAUUGAUGAUUGGGUCAUCACACUUGCGUUUCCGCACGGGGAGCGUCUCACCAGAGGAAAUCGAUCUGUUGGUAUCUUUGCUUUUCUUCCUACGAAGAUGGUCACCAACUUCCCGUUUGUUAUUCAGUCAGAUUUUCUACUGUCAUCAUCCAAGGAUGAAAUCCUUCUAGACAGCAGAUGGAACAAGGAGAUCCUUGACUGUAUUCCAGUGGCCUUCAUGAGUGCAUUCACCUCAUUAGUCAAGGCCAAUGAUAAUGCCCCGGUGUCGAGUCUUAUUGAAAUGUUCCAUUUUUUGCCAGUGCACACUUCUCCGUAUCCAAGAUUGAAUGCUAGUGUUAGGGACACAAUCAAAGCAAAGUUGGUGGAGGAGGAUAUUGUUCCGUGUCAAUCGUAUACUAAUCAGAAGAUCUUCCGGAAACCGUGUCAAGUCGGGAGGCUGCUGCCUGCCUUUCGGAAAUUGUUGAAUAAGGCUAGGAAGCAUAGGGUCACUUUUCAUAACCUCUCCAUUCGUGGAAAGUACAUUCUCAAUUCUGCAUUUGAUAAUGAAAAGUACAAUGGAGUCUUGAAGUUCUUGGAAGUGGAGAAAGUGGAACCUGAGUGGUAUUUCGAGUGCAUUUCAAACCAUUGUAUGGGUCGGUCUACAGAUCUUGACGCUCAACUUCUGUUAUUUGUUGCUGACAAUUGGGGGUCAUCAUUAUUUGACAUAAACACAGGGAACUUAUCGUUGCUGAACAAUUUCUCCCUUCUGUCUUUGCCUUGUUGACUCGUGCUGUAGUCAUGUAGAACGAGGUUGAGCAUGCAAUCUCAUGAGAUGAUCGUGUGUUUCCACGAAUGGCUGAAGACCCGCCGGCGAACUCAAAAACUAAACAUGGCACCGUCCCACCACUUCAGGAAGGAAACGACUACCGACCAAGGAAGCGGAAGUUUUGAAGACUAGGGAUGUUUUUAAUUGGAUUGAAAUUGGUUGGUUUGGUCCGAACUAAGUUUGUCUUGUUUGGUAAAUGUCUGGUCUAUGUGUAUUUAUAACUACGGAAGUCUGAUCUGAUCUAGUAUGUUUAAGACUGGUCUAGGACUAAAAACAGUCCAUCUAAAAACAUCCUGGGAGAUUUAUGUAACCCUUUUCUAUUGUUGUUUAAAUAUUUUGGAAUUGUACAAGUCAAUUUAAAAAAGGCAUCAUAUAAUUACAUUUACUUUAAAA